AAAAAAUAACAGUCAGGGUGGAGCUUUUGACCAGCGUGUCGGAUCAAUUCAGACUCAGGGAAGCUUAUUUUGCAGUUGUACACAACAAAAGCUCUUCUUUGAACUGCUUCUUUGCUCUUUUGUUGACUCAUCUACCUGACUAACAUAUAUUUUUAAGUCAUGGCUUUUGGUCGGCACAUGUCCGCUCCGGUGUGUCUCAUCGAAAAUGACGAAUUUGGGAAGCUGUGUGUGAAGAAAGAGGCAAAAGACAUUCUGGAUGACAUCAAUGAGCCAGUGGUGGUGGUGUCUGUGGUGGGACUCUAUCGUACGGGAAAGUCUUACCUUAUGAACCGCCUUGCAGGACAACAAUCUGGUUUUGCUCUCGGCAGCACCAUAGAGUCAAAGACCAAAGGCAUCUGGAUGUGGUGCGUCCCUCACCCGGAUAAAAAAGGACACACUCUGGUGCUGCUGGACACAGAGGGACUGGGUGAUGUGGACAAGGGGGAUGAAAAGCAUGACACAUGGAUCUUCUGUCUGGCUGUGCUUCUUAGCAGCGCUUUGGUCUACAACAGUUUAGGGGUCAUUGAUAACAUGGCACUGGAAAAGCUGCACUACGUCACAGAGCUGACGGAGAACAUCCGUGUGAAGGCAGAAGGUCAUCAAGAUGAAGAUGAGUCUGCGGAAUUCAUGCGUGUUUUCCCAUCAUUUGUCUGGGCUGUUCGGGACUUUACUCUGGAGUUGAAAAUGGGCGACAAACUAAUAACAUCAGACGAGUAUCUGGAGAGUGCACUGAAGCCUAAAAAAGGUAACUCACUUCAGACAGCGCAGUAUAACCUGCCACGCCGCUGUUUGCGUGAGUUUUUUGCUCCGAGGAAGUGCUUUGUGUUUCCUCGACCUGCCAGUACACAAGACAUGAAAAGAAUGGAGGAUCUGACUGAGGAAGAGCUGGAUUCAGAGUUCCUUCAGCAAGCAAACACUUUCUGCAGUUACAUUUACAAUAGUACACAGCCAAAAACUGUCAAAGGAGGACGUACAAUUACCGGAACAGCUCUGGGGAAUCUUGCUGAGGUUUACGUCGAGGCGAUCCGCAGUGGGAAAGUUCCUUGUCUGGAAAAUGCAGUUGUGUCUCUGGCUAAGAUCCAGAAUGUCCGUGCAGUUGAACAAGCUCUGCAGAUUUACAUGACAGAGAUGCUCAGCAUGGCUCAGCUUCCACUGGACCCCGAAGAGUUGUCCAACAUCCACACAUUGGCAGAGAAGAAGGCCAUCGAAGAGUUCGUCAACAUGUCCUUCAAUGAUAAUGACCAGAUCUACCAGCAAGAGCUCAUGGGGAAGAUUCAUAAUGAAUAUCAGGAUAUGUGCCAGCAGAAUCAUCAAGCAUCUCUCAUCCAGUGUCAGGAGGUUCUGGAGGAUGUGUUUGAUCUACUGGAAAUGAACAUUUCUAAUGGAUCAUACCUGAGGCCUGGAGGAUACAGAGAGUACAGAGCCUUGCUCGCAGAGAUGACCAGUGCUUACAGAGCAAGAACAGAGUCACAGAUAAUGAGUGAGGAAGUGUUGUGUAUGUUUUUGAAAGGAAAGGAAGAUGUUGGGAAUAUGAUUCUUCAGGCUGAUGAAUCUCUCAGUGCAGCGGAGCAGGAGAAAGAGGUGCAGAUGUUAAAGAAUGAAAUACUGCAGCAGCGGCAAAGAGGCCUGGAAGAGCAGAACCGCUUGCAGGAGCAGGCCUUUAAAGACAUGGAGAGAACACACCAGGAGCACGUGAAUCAGAUCGUUCAUCAGAUGGAGAGAGAGCAGGACAGAAUCAGAAGAGAUAAUGAGCGAGUACUGGAAGCCAAACUCAAGGAACGGGAGGCUCUUCUAAAGCAGGGCUUUGAGGAGGAGGCUUCCCGAAUGCAGAGAGAGAUUAACAGUCUGAAAACAGACAUGAAUAAACAGGAGGAGUCUCAGCCCUCCACUAUGAGAAAGGUUUUAGACGGCAUCGGCACUGCAGCCACAUUGUUUUUGCCGGGCUUCAUCCCUAAAGCAGCUGGCAUUGGUUUAUCUUUCCUAUCAAGGCUGUUUUGAAAAUCUAUUAUUUACACUCAGCAUAGGUUUGAUUUUACCAAGACAACUUGAAUUCUUUAAUUGUUACAUAUACACAUUUAUAGGUGCUGUAUUCACAGAUACCAUUUACAUGAGUAGCCUAGUAUACAGUGUUAUCCGAGCAAGCAGGACAUUUUGUUAUGAAUUAUGAUCAAGGCUGUUAUCAGAGUGAUAUCAAACUGAUAUGCAUCAUUAGCUGAAUCCCAGUGGUAAAUCAUCCUGUAACCUGUGGCUGUUGUGUUGUGUUGAGAUUAUGACACUGGGUGAUUAUUCAGUUUGCUGAUUUAAAAAAGCUAUGUACUGGGUAUUGUAAUUUUCUUUGUGUUUAUUUAACACACUAAAUGGUCUCAAACACAAUUUAGAUCAUGUUUACUUUUUGUUUGCUUGUAAUCAGAUAGACGAGAAAUGUUCAAUCAUGCGCUGAUCAUUUUGAUGAGAUUAACAGUGUCAUAAUGAACUAUGUGGAGUUUCCUUUGUCUGAAAAGUAAUAAUAAUAAUAGUAAUUUAGGUGAAUACAAAACUAAGAGUUUUUGUUAGUUUUCUUGUUAUAUGAAAUGUUUAAUUUGAUUUAGACUUUGAUUUAGAGUUUGUUACGUCUUCUUAUGUGACCCUGGAACACAAAUGUCGCAUGGGUAUUUUAUUUUCCACAAAAUACAUAAAAUAA